CUUCUGUCUCAUCUGGUUUGAGAGAGAGAGAAGUGAGAGAAGGAGAAGGAGGAAGAAGAUGACUGAGAAUCGGGUGGUUUUGGUUCUGCUUAUACUCUGCAUUGUUGGGUUUGAGCCAAGUUUCAUCUAUGGAGCUACAGAUUCAUCAGAUACUUCUGCGUUAAACACCAUGUUCAGCUCCAUGAAUUCUCCAGGACAGCUAUUACAAUGGACAGCAUCAGGAGGUGAUCCUUGUGGCCAAAACUGGAAAGGCAUAACUUGCUCUGGCUCAAGAGUUACUCAAAUAAAGUUGUCAGGUCUUGGACUUUCUGGAUCACUUGGAUAUAUGCUUGAUAAAUUGACUUCUGUUACUGAGUUUGAUCUAAGCAACAAUAACAUUGGAGGCGAUUUGCCGUAUCAGCUUCCUCCAAACUUGGAACGAUUGAAUCUUGCUAAUAACCAGUUAACCGGAUCUGCUCAAUAUUCCAUUUCUAUGAUGGCACCUCUUAAGUACCUCAAUCUUGCUCAUAACCAGUUGAAGCAACUAGCUAUUGACUUCACAAAACUCACCUCUCUCUCUAUCUUGGACCUCUCUUCCAAUGCUUUUACGGGGUCGCUCCCAAACUCUUGUAGCUCUCUUACGAGUGCAAAAUCAAUUUAUCUUCAGAACAAUCAGUUCUCAGGCACCAUUGAUAUCCUAGCCACUCUUCCUCUCGAAAAUCUGAAUAUUGCAAACAACCGAUUCACAGGAUGGAUCCCCGAUUCUUUGAAAGGCAUUAACUUGCAAAAAGAUGGUAAUUUAUUAAAUUCUGGGCCUGCACCUCCACCACCUCCCGGUACACCUCCGAUUAGUAAAUCACCUACUCCGAAAUCCGGGAACCGUGAAACUCGGUCCAAUGGUGAUUCCAGCAGUAGCAAAGACUCCAGCAAAUCAGGGCUUGGAGCUGGUGGAAUAGCAGGAAUAGUCAUUUCAUUGUUAGUUGUAACAGCAGUCAUAGCUUUCUUCUUGAUCAAGAGAAAAAGAUCAAAGCGGUCAUCAUCCACGGACAUUGAAAAGACUGAUAAUAACAUUAACCAGCCCAUUAUACUAGCGUCAAAUGACUUUCAUCAUGAGAAUAAGUCUGUACAGAAUCCACCAUUAGUUGAGACAAAGAAAUUGGAUAUGUCAUUGUCGAUGAAUCUACGACCUCCACCAGCUGAGCGACAUAAGUCGUUUGAUGACGAUGAUUCAACAAUGAGAAAACCCAUUGUAGCAAAGAAAGCUGCUGUUGUUGUUCCUUCAAAUGUGAACACAUAUACGGUUGCAGAUCUUCAAAUAGCUACCAACAGUUUCAGCGUAGAUAAUCUUCUCGGCGAAGGGACAUUUGGAAGAGUAUACAGAGCUCAGUUUGAAGAUGGAAAGGUACUUGCUGUGAAGAAAAUUGACUCAUCUGCACUUCCCACGGAUACGGCUGAUGAUUUUACCGAAAUAGUAUCGAAAAUAGCGCAUUUGGAUCACGAAAAUGUCACAAAGCUUGAUGGUUACUGCUCUGAACACGGGCAACACUUGGUGGUCUAUGAGUUCCAUAGAAACGGCUCAUUGCAUGACUUUUUACAUCUUGCGGAAGAGGAAAGCAAACCACUGAUAUGGAAUCCCCGUGUCAAGAUCGCUCUUGGCACUGCACGAGCAUUGGAGUACUUGCAUGAAGUUUGCUCACCAUCUAUAGUCCACAAGAACAUUAAAUCAGCAAAUAUUUUACUUGACUCAGAGCUGAAUCCCCACCUCUCAGACUCAGGUCUCGCUAGCUUCCUUCCCACUGCAAAUGAGCUACUGAAUCAAAACGAUGAAGGAUACAGUGCACCAGAAACUUCAAUGUCAGGCCAAUACUCUUUGAAGAGCGAUGUUUACAGUUUUGGAGUAGUGAUGCUUGAGCUUUUAACCGGAAGAAAACCAUUCGACAGCACAAGGUCAAGAUCUGAACAGUCAUUGGUAAGAUGGGCAACACCUCAGCUUCACGACAUUGAUGCUUUGGGGAAAAUGGUUGAUCCAGCUCUCAAAGGGCUUUACCCGGUUAAAUCCCUCUCCCGAUUUGCAGAUGUUAUCGCCCUUUGCGUUCAGCCGGAGCCAGAGUUUAGACCACCGAUGUCUGAAGUGGUGCAAGCGCUGGUUGUAUUGGUGCAGAGAGCUAACAUGAGCAAGAGAACUGUCGGACCCGGCUCCGGUAGCUCCGGCGUCAAUGAUUACAUGAGGAAGAGAUCAGGGAGAGGAUUAGUAAAGGGAGUGAAGACAAAGAACACAAAAGAAGAGAGGUUGAGAAAAAAGUUGAAGGCUCUCAAAGAGGAUCUAACUGCGAAGAUGCAUCUUCCGACCGGUGAUGAUGGUCAUGAUGUUAUCACUCCACAAGCUUAUCUUACUCCAUUGGGGUCUCAAAGUAUCACCCAUGCAAAAUUCUUACAAAUCCCAUGGAGACAAUCUGUCUUCUCAAAGCAUUUAGAAUUAAACACAGGUCUCUCUAAAUCAACCAAACUCGACGAAGCCGUGACCUUGAUAGAGAAGUCAUCAUCAUCAUCAUCAGCGUCCAAUCUCUCCACUCCUGAAGCUUACACAGACCUUCUUCAUGCUUGUAUCUCCGCUAAAUCGCUUCACCAUGGUAUAAAAAUCUGUUCUUUGGUUCUCAACAAUCCUAGUCUCCGUCACGAUCCCAAAUUACUUAGCAAGCUCAUUACCCUUUUCUCGGUUUGUCGCCGAUUGGAUCUUGCUCGGAAAAUCUUUGACGAUGUCACUGAUUCGAGUCUACUUACUGAGAAAGUCUGGGCAGCGAUGGCGAUUGGGUAUUCUAGAAAUGGGUCACCACGAGACGCUUUGAUCGUGUAUGUGGAUAUGUUGUGUAGUUUCAUUGAGCCUGGGAAUUUUUCGAUAUCUGUGGCGUUAAAAGCUUGCGUGGGUUUGAAAGAUCUUCGGGUUGGUAGAGGAAUCCAUGGCCAGAUUGUGAAACGGAAGGAGAAGGUUGAUCAAGUUGUGUAUAAUGUGCUCUUGAAGCUUUACAUGGAACGUGGCUCAUUUGAUGAUGCACGUAAGGUGUUCGAUGGAAUGUCUGAGAGAAAUAUUGUUACUUGGAAUUCUUUAAUUUCGGUACUUAGCAAGAAAGUUCGGGUUCAUGAGAUGUUUAAUCUGUUCAGAAAGAUGCAGGAAGAGAUGAUUGGGUUUAGUUGGGCGACUUUGACGACAAUAUUACCCGCUUGUUCACGUGUCGCUGCUCUUCUCACUGGGAAAGAGAUUCAUGCGCAGAUUCUGAAAUCGAAAGAGAAACCUGAUGUUCCGUUACUUAAUUCAUUGAUGGAUAUGUAUGGGAAAUGUGGAGAGGUUGAGUAUUCUCGGAGAGUCUUUGAUGGGAUGUUAACUAAGGAUUUGACUUCAUGGAACACGAUUCUAAACUGUUACGCAAUCAACGGAAAUAUCGAAGAAGUGAUAAAUCUGUUUGAAUGGAUGAUAGAGUCAGGCGUCGCACCAGAUGGGAUUACCUUUGUUGCUUUGUUAUCCGGGUGUAGCGAUACAGGGCUAACGGAAUACGGUAUAAGUUUGUUUGAACGCAUGAAAACUGAAUUCAGAGUUUCACCGGCCUUGGAACAUUAUGCUUGUUUGGUUGACAUCUUGGGCCGAGCUGGUAAGAUCGAAGAAGCAGUCAAGGUAAUAGAAACAAUGCCAUUUAAGCCAAGGGCAUCCAUUUGGGGAUCACUGCUCAACUCUUGCAGGCUCCAUGGGAAUGUUUCAGUGGGAGAGAUUGCAGCGAAAGAGUUGUUUGUUCUUGAACCUCAUAAUCCAGGGAACUAUGUUAUGGCUUCGAACAUAUAUGCUGAAGCAAAGAUGUGGGACAAUGUAGAUAAGAUUCGAGAGAUGAUGAAACAAAGAGGGAUCAAAAAGGAAGCUGGUUGCAGUUGGGUACAGGUUAAAGACAAGAUUCAAAUCUUUGUUGCAGGAGGUGGUUACGAGUUUCGUAAUUCGGAUGAGUAUAAGCAAGUAUGGACAGAAUUACAGGAAGCAAUUGAAAAAUCCGGUUAUUCUCCUGAUACGAGCGUGGUGCUUCAUGAUGUUGAUGAAGAAACUAAGGCAAAUUGGGUUUGUGGACACAGCGAGAGACUCGCGACAACCUACUCCCUAAUUCACACAGGUGAAGGGGUUCCAAUUAGGGUUACCAAGAAUCUCAGAGUAUGUGCAGACUGCCAUUCAUGGAUGAAGAUUGUAUCGCAAGUAACUGGGAGAGUCAUUGUCCUCAGAGACACCAAAAGAUUCCACCAUUUCGUUGCCGGCAUUUGCUCAUUGGCUUCGAAGCAAGGUUGGUUCGGUGCAGCCAGGAACGAGACCAGAACUUGGUGGGGACGAGGGUUUUACUUUUACUAUAGACGUGGCCUCAAGACGCUGUUGUGGAUUGUGGUAGAUAUUCUGGCAAAUGGUGGUUGCGGCGAAGCAAACGAAGGUCAACCAGAUUCAACGGCGGUUGUGAUAGACAUUCCGGCGAAAGAGAUAAAAUCAGGCCCAUGUUAGUCUAUAUAUAUAGGCCCAUUAUAUGUGAAGAUAAUGUCCAUGUAUUAACUAGCUACCGAGAGAUAUAUAGUGUUUGUUUUUUGUGUGCAAAAUUUAUGAAUCUUGAGAUUAUUAAAUACAAUUUUUUUUA